AUGUAUCCAUCUGGGGCUGGACCCGGACAGUAUGGUCAGCCUCCUAUGGGCUCUGGAAUGAGCGGAGCUAUGGUUCAACAAGGCUCACAAAACCAGAUGCCUCCUCAUAUGGCAAUGCAACAAAACCAUCCUGGACAACAUCGCAUGAUGAUGCAACCGUCCAUGAUGCCUAAUGUUCCUGGUAACAUGCAAAGAGCUCAAUAUGGACAACCAGGAAUGAUGGCCCAACAUUCAAUGAUGAACAUGUACGGGUCUGGCUCAAACAUGCCAAAUAUGAGAGUCAAUCAAAACGAAAUGUAUAGUCAACAACGUUUUCCUCAUGAUUGGAAAUCACAACAACAACAGCAGCAGCAACAACAUCAGCAACAACAGCAGCAGCAACAACAACAGCAGCAGCAGCAGCAGCAACAAGCACCAAUCCCAAAAGAAGCUGCUCCUGAGAAACGAACCAAGAAUAUGAGUUAUAUGUCUAAGAUGCAGCAGCAACAACAAGCUCAGGCUCAAGCACAAGCUCAGGCUCAAGCACAAGCUCAGGCCCAAGCUCAAGCCCAGGCGCAAGCUCAAGCACAGGCUCAUGCUCAAGCUCAAGCUCAAGCCCAGCAGCAGCAGCAACAACAACAGCAGCACCCACAUCAACAACAAGUACAACAGAUGGGUAGUCGAGGAAUGGGGCAGCAAUAUAGCGGAGGACCAUCAAUGAUCCCACCGGGACCUCCUCGUGGGCAUGGGAUGUAUCCUGGACCUGGAAACACGACAAUGUCGCAAAUGGCUCAUCCUGGUGUUCCCUUGCAUACGCAAAAUCAGCCAACUCAUGCUAUGCCUAGGAGACGUUUAGCUCCAAAUUCCAUGCAGGCUAGUAUGGCUCCUAAUAUGCCUACUGCUCAAACAACUAUGGCGUCUUCUCCAUCCGCAUCAGGAAUUGUAGUUCCUUCUGGAUCUGGAGCACUACCCGUUAAUCAAACACCUCCGUCUUCUCAAAGACCCAUGCCUAGUCCUCAAGUUGCUGCUUUUGCUGCUAAUUCUACCACGUCGGGAUCACCUGCCUCUCUUCCAAAUCUAAAUCCCGGAUCAGCUCCUUCUCCUCAGGUGAUGCAUGGUCACUCUAUGCAUCCACAAGCCGUAGCUCAAAAAGGUCCUUCUGAUCCUGAGUAUGAACAACUCAAAAAUGAUAUGAAGGAAAAAUAUUAUGAACAGCUCAAACGAGUCGGAGAUAGGUGUACUCUAGAUAACUGUCCGAAGCCAAGAGGAUUUACUCAGCUUAUGGAGAUUUUCGAAGCUAAGAGGGAUGUUACCUUCAAACUGCUGACAAUCGUACGUGAACAACUGAUAGGGGUGUUAGAAAAGUAUUCUUUAUCCUAUGACGUUAUGACCGAAGUUAGGAAGCUUUCUAAGGACUUGUCUGAGUUCAAGCCAUCAAAUUCAGAACUGAAUAAAAAUGGUGAAGCUCAUGAUCCUUGGAGAGUAGUGAGGCAUAAGUUUGUUCGAGUGCCUGACGAUAUUAUGAAGUUAAUAUCUGAAGAAACAACGGCUGUGAAAGCGGAAAAAAGAACUUUGGCCGUUGACUCAGAUGACGCUCCACCCGCGAAAUCUGCUCGAUUAGAUAACGGAAAAGAAGAGAUUAUUCCUGCUGCAACUAAUUUCUUCCAAACCGCUAGUGAAUUGAAUGCCAUUCGUCGUUUCUCGCGACGAGUCACAAGUACCGACGAAGACGAUAGUCUACAUAAACUGACUUCGAGUGAGAAAUCGGAGAUCGAUUGCCUAUUCGACAGUGGCAAGAAGUGGACCUUGUCGCCUGCGGCUACUUCCGAACUUCAAAAUAUUCCCUGGAGGAUUGAAAGAGAUGCUUUACCACCUUCUUUCCGAAGUCCGGACGUAGUGAUAUCCUUCGAUUCGUUGACGCUCUCUUGUCACCCUCUACUUGUUCUUGUGCCUCAGUCAUAUCCCUUAGAUUCACCAGUAGUUCAAUUUGAUAAGUCAUUCCCUGAAAGUUCCCCGUUAUCACAUCAGCUGUCCAGGAUAUUCGAAAGAUCUCUUUCAUUAGCUUCUUCUCGUUCUCUGACGAGUAUAUAUGAGGCUUUCCGUUCAGCAUGUGAUGAAAUGUUCAAAAUGAAGGGUGUACUCAAUGGACAUUACAUACCUAGUAAUAAUCGACAAAAACAACUUGUUGCUUAG